AUGCAAUAUGGUUCGAAUUUUGCCUUAAAAAAGAUUCCCGAAGAAUUUUUUAAUCAAUCUGAGAUUGAUUGUCUAAUUGCAAUUGAUCAUCCUAAAAUAGUUUCAUUAUACAGGUACUACAGGUUUGAUGGUUGCGUUUACAUGUUGAUGGAAUAUUGUCCAAACGAUCUGAAUAAACUUAUGAAAAGCCGAAGGCAAAUUGAAAGUUCCGAACUUUAUUCAUAUGUGUCAGCAGUGUUAGAAGCAGUUAAGGCAUGUCAUGAUAGAUGUAUUGCCCAUUCUUAUAUAAAGCCAAGUAACUUUUUUAUUGACAAAUACAACAGAAUUAAAAUUGGUGACUUUGGAUUAUCAAAAAUGUAUAAAGAUAAGCCACUAUCAUCACUACUCGAAGGAACGGAACUUUUUAUGGCACCAGAAAUAUUCACAGAAAAUCAGUACAACCCGAUGAAAUCUGAUAUUUGGGCGGUUGGAGUAACUAUCUAUUUCAUGGCAACCCACUUAUAUCCGUUUUAUUCAAAAGAUCCAGAAAUUUUAUUUGAAAAAAUACAGAGUGGGGUAUACUCUGAUGAUUGUAUAGAUGAUAAAAAUCUAUGCAAAGUUAUUUCUUCCUGUCUGAAAAUUAAUCCAUAUGAGAGAUUGACGAUAAAUCAAUUGCUUGAACUUCCCUAUUUUCAGAAAGAGGACUCUUAUUCAGAGGAGAAUCUUCCAUUGACUACAAAUGAUGUUUACACAAGAAGUCAUCAAGUCUUCGUAAGGGCAAAGAUUCCAAUGAAAAAAGUUACUAUUCCUCUUGCAAAUCAGAACAUCUAUCAAAUGUAUCGUGGAUCAAGGCUAAGGUUAGUUAACGCGCCAUCCAAAUCUGAACAAAAUUUCAAGCUUUAA